ACGCACGACGUCGAGGAUACGCCGAGUCCUCGAUCAGUUCACUCGCGACAGGCAACCGGAGCGAGUCGAGUGGAGACCCGAAGGACCAAGCGGCGAUUUCGGUUCUUUUCAUCCGCACAACCCCGUGUUUUUCGGUGAGAGUUCGCGCACGCGGGCCCCCUGCCCCCUUUUUGGACUGUCGCUCGGCAAGUCGAAUUUUUCGGUCUUCGAAACGAUUCGAAAACAUGACGUUGUCGUUGGAGCUGCGAGGCGCACGGAGAAAGUGAGAAAGGCAAAUUCGAAAUUCGAGGACGAAUCGAAAAUUGGCGAUACCGAAAAAAAAUGUAGUAGACGUUAAGCGAGGAAGAAAUAGUUGAGUUUUUUUAUGGCCGUACGCUGAAGAAUCUCUGAAGAAUCGUCGGAAGACUGGUAAUGGAUGUUUCUAACCUAAUUUGCGCUCCAGAUAUCCAUAGUUAAUUCCCAUCUUCGCCUGCACUCCGGCCGAAGACGUCUUCAUUACACUAGGUCUUUCAACUCUGAUGAGCCGGACUUCGAUUGGCAACGACGCUCUACUCGAAUAAACCCCUAUAAUAUAUCUACGAUAUAUAACCAAACAAGUCUCCAAACACCUUCGAAUAACUCUCUACGUUUGUUUAAAAAAAAAUUAUUCAUACGAUGGUUCGGACGUAUCGUUGUGCGUUUUGGUUGGCGGUGGUCGCUUCGGUGGCGAUCGGAAUCGAAUCCAAGAGGACCGCCAGAGAGGCGAAAAUCUAUCACAAUCAAUUCGCCGUGCACGUACCGCUCGGCAGGGAAGCCGCCGAUGCCGUCGCCGCGAAACACGGCUUCGUUAACAGAGGACAGAUCGGCGCGUUGAACGGUUAUUACCUGUUCGAGCACGAGCACGUGCGCAAGAGGUCCCUGCAGGAGGCCGGUCAUCACCAUGAGAAACUCAGUAAGGAACCAGAGGUUUUAUGGGUGCAACAACAACACGAAAGAACCCGCAGGAAACGGGACUUCAGCGACGCCCAUUCGCUGUCGCCGUUUAGCGAGUACUUCAGCGACGCCGUACCUUCGACGGCGGAGGCGCUGCAUUCGGUGCUCAAAUACAGGGCCGUACCGAACGUUUUGUUUCCCGAUCCUCUAUUCAACGAACAAUGGUAUUUGAAUGGCGGUGCCAAAGAUGGAUUGGACAUGAACGUGGCGCCCGCCUGGCAAAAAGGCUACACCGGAAAGGGGGUCGUGGUCUCCAUACUGGAUGACGGUAUCCAGACGAACCAUCCGGAUUUGGCACAGAACUACGAUUCUUUAGCCAGCACGGACAUCAACGGCAACGACGAGGACCCCAUGCCGCAGGACAAUGGCGAUAACAAGCACGGUACCAGGUGUGCAGGAGAAGUCGCAGCAGUGGCUUACAAUCAGUACUGCGGCAUCGGCGUGGCUUACAAUGCCAGUAUUGGAGGCGUGCGAAUGCUGGACGGCGUGGUGAACGACGCCGUCGAGGCGCGAGCCCUCGGGCUCAACCCGGAGCACAUCGACAUCUACAGCGCCUCGUGGGGCCCCGAGGACGACGGCAAAACGGUGGACGGGCCCGGCCCGCUGGCCCGCCGGGCCUUCAUCUACGGCGUGACCAGCGGCCGAAAGGGCAAAGGUUCGAUAUUCGUUUGGGCGUCGGGCAACGGCGGCCGGCACACGGACUCCUGCAACUGCGACGGCUACACCAACAGCAUCUUCACGUUGAGCAUAUCCAGCGCGACGCAAGGAGGUUACAAACCUUGGUAUCUCGAAGAAUGUUCCUCGACGUUAGCUACCACGUACAGUUCAGGUACACCGGGUCACGAUAAGAGCGUAGCUACGGUGGAUAUGGACGCUAGAUUGAGACCCGAUCACAUUUGCACCGUUGAGCAUACUGGAACGUCGGCUUCAGCACCAUUAGCCGCCGGAAUUUGCGCUUUGGCCUUGGAGGCGAAUCCGCUGUUGACGUGGAGAGACAUGCAGUAUUUGGUGGUGUUGACAUCGCGAUCGGGACCGUUGGAGAAAGAAUCCGGUUGGAUAUUGAACGGCGUCAGACGGAAAGUAUCGCACAAAUUCGGCUACGGUCUAAUGGACGCCGGCGCUUUGGUUACCCUUGCCGAAAAAUGGACCACCGUACCCCCUCAGCACAUUUGCAAGAGCCAAGAGGUGCUCGAAGACACCGCCAUAAGUCCCACAUACGGUUCCACUUUGGACUUCUACAUGGACGUGAACGCUUGCAGCGGCACCUUGAACGACGUCCGCUUCUUGGAGCACGUCCAAUGCAAAAUCACCUUGCGAUUUUUCCCCAGAGGCAACCUCCGCAUUUUGCUCACAUCGCCGAUGGGCACCGUCAGCACCUUGCUCUUCGAACGGCCCAGAGACGUGGUGAGCACCAACUUCGACGAUUGGCCGUUCUUGAGCGUCCACUUUUGGGGCGAAAAGGCCGAAGGCCGGUGGAAAUUGCAAAUCGUCAAUUCCGGCAAUCGGCAAGUAAACCAACCGGGAGUGUUGAAGAAAUGGCAACUCAUCUUCUACGGUACAUCGGUGAAUCCGGUGCGAUUGCGCCCGACCAACGGCGCCCGUUCGACGCCGUGGAAGUCGCCGUUGAACACGUUCACGUACGCGACGCCCUCGCAGGCCGUCACGCCGGUCGACGAUAAUAAUUUCUUCGACGAGAACGGCUUCAGGAACUUCCAGAACGUCCAGAACGUCUAUUCGUUCGCCGGCUCCGAACCGGAGGCGGUGGUCAGCUCGUUGGACGGCAAAAAUACCAAAGUCAGAGACAACCAGGCGAAUCAGGCGCUCGACGACGACGAGACGAAGGUCGGUUGCGACGAUCAAUGCGACGAGCAGGGUUGCUUCGGACGGGGAUCCACCAAAUGCGUGGCUUGCAGGAAUAAGAGGAUGGAUAGGACUUGCGUGUCGAAUUGCCCGCCGAGGAGCUAUUCGGAUUCCCAAAACGUGUGUCAACCGUGUCACGAGGCAUGCGAAACGUGUACCGGGCCCGAUCAGAAGAGCUGCUUGACCUGCGCCCCCGGUCACGUGAAAGUCGUCGAUUUGGACAUUUGUUUGCAACAAUGCCCCGAAGGUUAUUACGAAAAUUUCGCCGAUAAAACUUGCAUUCCCUGCCAACCGAACUGCCUCGGUUGCCAAGACAGACCGGACCAUUGUACCAGCUGCGAUCACAAUUUGCUGUUGUAUCAAAACAAAUGUUUGGCUUCGUGUCCGUUGAAUACCUACGAAACCGACGAUUACGGGUGCGCUUCGUGUCACGAAUCCUGCGAAACCUGCACCGGCUCGAACAGUUCGCAAUGCAUAUCGUGCUCGUACGGCAAGUACUGGCACGAAGGUCGUUGCGUCAAAGAGUGCCCGGCCCAUCAUUACGCCAAUUUCGAGCAGAAGGAGUGCAUCGAAUGCCCGCCCGGUUGCAGCGAAUGCAACAAGUCGACGUGCCUCAGCUGCUUGGACGAUUGGAAGGUGAACAACAAAGGUCGAUGCGUGUCGCAGAACAGCGACAAAUGCGACGUCGAUCAAUAUUACGACAAUAGCAUAUGCAAACCUUGUCAUUCGACGUGCGAUUCCUGCGACGGGCCGACGGAGAAGGCUUGCCUGUCCUGCGCUAGUCCGUUGGUGUUGCAGGGCACCAAAUGCGUGGGCGAAUGCGAUAAGGGUUUCUAUAACGAAAGGGACGGUCACGUUUGCCAGCCGUGUUUGCACCCGUGCGCCAGAUGCGUCGCCAAAACCAAUUGCACCGUCUGCAGGAGCGGAUUACAACUUCAAAGCGGCGAAUGUCGCACGACCUGCGCUACCGGUUACUACAGCGAUAAGGGCGUUUGUCUGCGAUGCUAUAUGAGUUGUAAAACGUGCAGCGGCCCGGGACCGGAUCAAUGCGUCAGUUGUCCCAACGGUUGGCAACUUUUGUCGGGCGAAUGUCGACCCGAUUGCCCGGAAGGUUACUACAAAACGGAGUACGGCUGUCAGAGGUGUCACUACGGUUGUCGGAAUUGUCCGGGUUGCAAAAUGGAGGAAGACAAACGAAAAAUCAACGUGGAAGCACUGCUGUUGUCCGCCCAACCGGUUUCAACCUUACAAAUAGUUAAUCCCUUCAAUUUUAUCACUGGUAUAGCAAUAAUGGCGUGUCUGUGUGUGAUUAUUCUCUUCAUCACCAUAUUUAUUAUUUUGCAGAAAAGUAGCUUUCAAGCCCACCAAAGAGGUUACAGUAAAGUGUCGAUAAAGAAGCCGAAAGUGACGUGCAACUACAACGUGGUGUCCGUUAGCGAUGGUGAUUCGAGCGAUUCGGAUAGCACGGAAGGGCGAAAUCUCAUCCCUGCCGCGAAACAGCCGGAAAGGACUUCUUGUUAAACGCACAGAGUAUAAGACAAAUUUUUUAGAUCGUUUCAACGAAUUCGAUUGGCGUUCAUCUUCUAUACUAUUGUUAGUUUUUACGUCGCAUUCUCUUUUAUUUUAAUUAGACGGACGUGAGAUUGACAAAUCUAUCAUAUACAGGUUGCUUCUUUUCUACUUUGAUGAAACUUUUAGAGAUCUAUUACAGGCAAGUAUUUGUUUGAAAAUGCAUUUCUGAACAGAGGUUUCUUCUCCGAGGUGACUUGUAAGCACUCUGUAUAUUUUAUUGUAAAUCUGAUUUGUUGAUUGAACGCUCAAAAAAAAGUACAUUCGAAUUUGAUGAACGAAUUUUUAUAGUAACGUUUUUAAUAUAUAGUGUAAAUAUAUUCCAAAACAUCCUGUCUUCAUUGUCUCCCCAUUUGAAUAUGCGGUAAAUAUUUUUUUAUAAUAGGUAUGUGUAUAUUUUUAAAUUUAGUUAAGAGGAAAAUGUUGAUAUUGUCUGAUCAUAAUUUGAACAAAAUAUAAAUCCUAAAUUUAUAAUAUAAGUAAAGUGAUUUUAUUGUCUAGUUUAUUUUUUUAUUAUUUUUCCUCUUGGCUUUGCUAUAUUGUAAAAAGUAAAUAAUAUAGUAUUGUAUAUCGUAUACUGUCGUUGUAAAUACAAACGCUACAAAGAAAAUUAAAAUUUGUACCAAAAAAAAUUGAUAUUUUAGUUAGAUAAGAAAUGGUAAAAGUGUCAACGACAAAAUAAUAAAUUAUAUACAAAUUGCGCUAUUACCACCAAUUUACACCAUUUCCCGUUGAUACUUUUACAUGUGUAUCAAUGAAGACAGCUCAAUGUAUAAAAAAAUUAAAAAAAAUUAAAUUUUAAGAAGCGAAACUUAAGUGCUCUUGAAUAUUUCAUGUCGUAAUAAAUAUAUGGUUAUUUUUAAAUGUACACUUUGUAUAUAAUCAAAAAUAGGUAAUUGUUUGAAAGUUAUUUAUGAAAUUUUACCGUUUGUAUACAUACAUCUCGAGAGAAAGAUGAGAAUUAAUCGUCAAAUGUUGUCACUUCAACGAUAUAUUAAUUAUAUUUAGGUGGUCCAAAUAAAUAUGUGCCCCCCUUCUCCUUUUUGUUGCACGAAAUUUCUCUCAUAUUUUUCGGUUUUAACGAAAAAAAUAUCGAGAAAAAUACAGGGUGAGUGAAUUUAAGGAUGUUUAAAUUUAUGCGAUUCAAUUUUAUCUUCAAAAAUACAAGUUUUAUUUAAAAAUUUUAUCCCUUAACAUUUAAACUCACCAAAUUGCAACAAAUAUUAAUUGUCUAUUAUUAUUAAUUAACCAGACCACUUUUAAUUUUUUACUUUUUAUAAUAUGUAUAAUUACCUAGGAUGCAAAAAAGAACAUUGAAAAUAUCUUCUAUACCGUUCGUGUAUAGAUUCAAUAUUAUAUAAGAUAUAUAAUCUAGUCUACUACACACUUAAUAAAAAAAAACAUUUAUGUAUCCUAGAUUAAACGAAAAUAAAUUAAUACUUUAUAUUUUAUACAAAAUUCGUUUAGUUAUACAGGGUGGCCCAGAACUUGUCGUUUCCAUAAGGCCUUUCCCGGUGGGGCGUGAGUUCUGGGCCACCCUGUAUUUGAAAAUUUGAAAUAAAUUGAUUAUAAAUGUGAAUAUGAACCUUUCUAUUUUCCUUCGAACGAACCGUGAUCGACACCCUAUCCUUAAAAUUCCCUGUACCUAUAAAUCGUAAGGAAACAUUCAUUACAACAUUUAUAAAGAUCACACUGAUAAGAAAUCUAAAAGUUGUCAUUUCAGUUAAUAAAUAAAAGUUUUAAUAAAA